CACAAAAGCAUUUCCGUAUUUAUAAAGUCUUCUCAAGAAAUUGGAAGAACAACAACCCUAAAUCCAACCAAUUUGUAACACAAGAUCACAGCAGCACAAUAAAUUAUUCUAUAUUUACCAAAGUUAUUGAAAAAUGUUGGCAUUCGUGAAAUGCUUCUCGUUGAAGCGAACAAAACAUCCUCGUGGAUAUGAGGAUCCUCAUGUUCUUGCAUCCGAAACUCCCUUUACAGUGAAUGAGAUAGAGGCUUUACAUGAUUUAUAUAAGAAGCUAAGUACAUCCAUUAUCGAUGAUGGUCUAAUCCAUAAGGAAGAGUUUCUUCUGGCUUUGUUCAGAAACAGCAGUAUGCAAAAUCUGUUUGCGGACAGGGUGUUUUAUAUGUUUGAUAGGAAACGCAAUGGUGUGAUUGAGUUUGGAGAAUUUGUUCGUUCACUUAGCAUCUUCCAUCCAUACACUCCCGAACAUGAAAAAUCUGCAUUUAUGUUCAAGCUUUUUGACCUCCAUGGAACCGGGUUCAUCGAGCCCCAUGAGGUUUUGGUUGGAAAUUACUUGAAGAAGAUGGUGGGCGCACUACUAGGUGAAACAGACUUAGAACUCUCGGAAGAAUCUAUUGAAGCUAUCGUGGAACAGACAAUGCUCGAGGUUGAUACAAACAAAGAUGGGAAGAUUGAUGAAGAAGAGUGGAGAGAGCUCGUUGCUAAGAAUCCUUCAAUCCUCAAGAACAUGACUCUGCCUUACCUCAAGGAAGUGACAUUAGCAUUUCCAAGCUUUGUACUCGACUCUGAAGUAGAUGACUAGAGGAAACCUUUGGAAGAAGCCAGAGUUUUUACCGAAUUAUACUUUUGAGGUCUUUUAAUCCUUUUUCUGUAUAAUUCGGAAUCCAUUCGACAACAUCUGGUACAGAAACAGAUUUGCAAUUUUUUUUUUUUUUUUUAAUGUUUCACGUUCGUUUUAGUUACUGUUGAUAGUCCAUUUCUAAGGGAAUUUUUACAAUGAAAUAACAAUUUUCUUAUAAAAUCUUUUAAAAGGUUUUUCAAUUGUACCCAAGAUCGUUAUAAAACCAAACUGAUGGUAUUGUCGUAAUACAACGGCGGCCCAUAGCUGUAUUUGGGCCGAUCGAUUCAAAUUGUCCUGGUUUUAAAGAGAGACUAGAUCGUGAACGAAUGAUCUGAAGACACGUGACAAACAUGGUCGCACUCGUAACGGUCACUGGUGAGCAACGGCUAGAGGAGGAGCCACUGCAGCAGCAGCGUCGGGUCCACACGUGUGUCGAUGUAUGUGCGCCCAGUUGCUUUUGAAUUUUAAAGAGAUAUUUACUUUGGUUUGUUGUAUUCAUGUACCAAUAAAUCGUGAUAACAUUAACUUAUCUUCUUACAAAUAUACGUCAGGUCAAUUAUUUUA